AUGUCACAACCAAAACGUGAUGCUAAAGAAACUAUUCUCCUGAGACAGGCUGCUCCGAAGUACAACUUUAGUGGUCGUAAACUGCCUAAAGAAUCCACCAAAAUAACUGGUUUGGAAAAAACUGAUUUCAUUGCUGCCUCAUCAGAUACUUCUGUUGCCCAGUUGCCUGUGAAAACUGACAGCACAAAGGCAAAACCUAUUGCCAUAGUUGGGGCAUCAGUGCAGCCAGCAGCAGCCACCACUGUGGGGAAUGUCAAGACAAGCACAUCACCAUUAGAAUUGAUAACAGCUUUACCAACUGUGAGUACUGUCACUCAGUAUUGUUCCAGAAGUCAUUCUUCCAGAAGUGACAGUCAGAAUAUCUCAACUGAAAGAAUAUCUCCUAAUAUUCCAGUUAAUUCAACAGAUAGUGCUCUUUUACGGGAAAAUUUAUCAGCCAUUGAUCUUCAGCGGUCAUCAGUUAAUGCAUGUGCAACUCUUAGUGAAAGAGGCCUGCCCGCAACAGUCCCAUUCACAGCUGUGCAGAGAGACUCUCAUUAUAGUGUCACAGACAAAAGUACAUGUGAAUCACAUUGUCAACAUUUAGAAAAUGAACGUGAUCAGCUUAAGAAAGAAUUGGAAGUUCAGCUACAGGUUAACUCAGAGCUGAAACGUCUCCUGAUAGCCUCAGUUGGAGAUGACUUGAGUCAACGAGUUGAAAGACUGUGCAGGGAUCGUGCACAACUUUCCCUAGAUCUUGGUGGCUUCAACAAAAAGAUGUCAGAAGAGUAUGAGAAUCUCGAUAAAGUGUCUAUUCAAGCUGACAUGUGGCGAAGCAAGUAUUUAGCUUCUCGUGUUAUGAUUGAGGAACUGGGCAAUGCCAGAGCUUUCUAUGCUCUUCAGUGUCAUGACACACAAGAUGCAUUGCAGAAGAUGUUGAAUGAAAGACAUGAGCUGCGAACUAAUUUGCUGGAGGUGCACAGGAUUCUGCAGCAGAUGAAGAGUGCGUUUGAUCCUCUGAAUGCUCAGCGCUCCUCAACUCUACAGUCAACCAAUGUCCUUGAUUUGUCCAGAUCUUGCCAGCAGCUUGCAGAGGCCAUGAGAUUUAGAUUACUGCCGGCACACGUGGCUGUGAAGAUUGACAUGGAGACCGAUGAAACUUCGUGGGCCGAGUCUGUUACACGGGCAGAACAGUUUGCCCAUGAGGUUCUGUCACGGCCAGCUGAACCGCCAGGAUGUUUGCAGUCCGGUUCUGCCAAACUGCUGCCAGUAAAAGCGACUGCUGACCUGCAGAUCUGUCGGUUUCACCCCAAUACUCGUCAUGAUAAUCUGACUUACAAUUGUUGUGCUCAUUGUAAAGGGGAGAUUAAUGUUAUCUGA